CAGGGGCCGGAAUCUUCCUUUCGAGGACGCGCAAAGGACACACGGGGGACCGCAAAAGGUGUUGCGCCGCAAAAGGGCGAAGAUGAGCUUCAAAGGGCUUGUCAGUCUAAUGCAAAGCGGUAGGAGAGGGUUUCUCCAGUUGCCUUUAUGCUCACCUCGACUGCAACCAUUGUAUGUUCUGUGGUGUCCAAAGUCCACAUCUGUUUUACGGCAGGACUCUGAUGAUUCUUCAUCUGUUCCUGAGGACUUAAGGGAACCCAAACCAUCCAUAGAUGAUUUGUAUACUUCUGAGCAAAAAUCUGCAGUUCUACAGCGACUCAAUUUGGCAACUGUGGAAGAACUUUCGGCUGUGAAACUCAUGCGAGGAAGAAAGUCCAUCAACAUACUAGAGUACAGAAAGAAGCAUGGGCCAUUUCAGGAUUUACAGAGUUUAUUGGAAGUACCUCUGUUUCAGUAUAAAACAGCUGUUAAAGUGUGUGACUUUAUUCUUAACCCCCUUGCAAAAGAAGAAAGGAAAGAGAGGAAGACACACAAUGCAUCAUUGAUAAUGAAAUGUAUCAAGCCAGAAAUCGAGAGCAAGAAGUUGAAGAGUGCCAAUGAUAUUGUAUCCGUUGUUUUCGGCACACGCAAAAUUGCAUGGGCUCAUGUUAACAGACACUUAACGAUUCACGACUGGCAACAGCAGGAGUGUACAAUGUUUAUGAAAGGAACCUAUGUGCCUUCGGUUUAUCUGGAAGAGAUUUCUUCCGUGGUGUCUCAACUGCCCGAAGCAGAUUUUUAUGUUUUGGAAAAGAAUGGACUUUCUGCUUUGAAUACAAAUCUAUUUCCGGUGACGUUACAUCUUCGUACAGUGGAAGCUAUGCUUUAUGCAUUGUUACAGAAAACAUUUGCCCAGGAAGGCCAGCACAAAGUGCUAAGUAUGGCCCGAAUUUUUGUAGGAAAACACUUUGGAUUGAUAGUGGGGGACUCCCGGACUAGUGGAAUCGAUCUUGUAAAACAGCUUCUCUUAGAAUCUGUGACACUAGCUAAUCCUCGGGUGAAUUUUCCGAGAGAUAGAGUGGUCAGUUACCAAAACCUGUUGUCCACAAACAAGUCAAGGCGAGAUGAGGAACUAUGUGAUUCCUUGCUACAAGCAGUAGCUUUUUUUGAGCUUUUAGCACAGCACGACACUUGAAUCUUUCUAGAUUUCAUUGACGAAUUUCCGUUACAGCCAGGUCUGGUUUAUGGCACCUGCAGAAUUUGUUAAUACACCUGAUAAUUUCUUGGUUUUUAUACUGUAUGAGUCUAUUCUAUCUAUAACCCAAUGAGCAUACACCUCCACCAGUGACCAUACUAGAAAACAAAGCUAUAAAGAACUCAUAUAAAGGUUUACAAGGAUAAAAUAAAAAUAUGGUCAUACUGCAGUGAUACAGUUUAUACAGUUCUAUGAAAAGUUUGCCAUUGCAGGUAGUAUGACAGUUGUAUGUCACUUUAUUUAGUAGUGGUAUGUGAAGCAUGUCAAGUAAAAAAAAAACUUAGAUCAUAUUUAAGAUGCUAACAUUGCUGCUGAAUUAUAUAAAAUGUAUAGAAAUGUGUGUCAAA